CUAUGGGGCCUGCCCUACCUGCCUGCUUCCGGCUACUCCCGAACUUCCCGAUGCCGGCAUUGUAGCAUGCUAUGUUCUACACGCGCUUCCUCGUGGAUGACCAGUUGUCCUGGUGAUAUGUUUCACGAGCAGCCCCUCCUAUUUUUCACGACUGCUACUGUUGGUGCAAUCGGAGGGUGUAGAGGGAGUGCGCUCGGUGUUGUGGAGGACGAGACGGGAGUCAGUGGCACUCGGUUGCGAAUUAGGACGUGUUUUGCAGCAGGACCAGCGUGCGAAAGAUUCUGCCCGAACUUUUCUUCGUUCCUUGUCGUUCCAAGAGCAAGCAGUAUCUGUAAGGUACGUCAAGGAAAACAUUAUCUGGGAACUUUAGAAGACAAUUUACUGUUCGUGUAGCUCGGUGAUCACUGCUAAGGAAGCUCUUCGGGGUACAAAAAAGUGAAUAAGCCGCACAAAAUGUUUCGCAUGGAGUUUAGGGGGGAAAUUAUUGACUCGGAGUCGGAAGACGAUGAGCCUUCCACGACAUAUGUUAAAAACGAGAAUGGAGGCGUGAAGUUUGAGAGCGAGAAAAACAGGCACAAGAUUGCGGAUGAUGAGGAGGAUCCUCCAAGAUGUUUCGAAGGUCGAGUGGGAACACUUGGGCAACUCCAGCGGGUCUCGAUAUCCAACGAGGUCGAGCACAGUGUAUCACGUCAGUCUCCUGUAAACACCUCUAGUUCCACACUGAACUCCAGCGGUUCGGUGUCGAAGAACUGGGUCGAGGCUGAUUUGAUUGACCUCGGAUCCCCUAAGGCAGAAGCAGCGUUGCAAUCUGCCGAACCCCAACCUGCCCAAACCAGUACUGUCAAUUUGAAGGUGAUGAGGAAGACCGUGAAACCAUUAGCAUUGUCGGUAAACGUAACUCACCAACCUAGCGGAAAACGUAUAGAUAACGAUGCGUUCGUCACGUUUCUAGAGCACCAACCUAGACAGGAUGUUGGACUCCGGGACUUGCUCACAGACGGCGUUGACAAAGUGGAGGCACCAUCUAGAUUAUCCCGGAGUGGUGAAAGUCCCAGGUUAGGGGUGAGGUCUAGUUCAGUGCAAAGCUCUCGCAGCAACUCUUGGAGCGACUCGUCGGAUGCGGAGGUUAACGCCUCUCACAGGAAUGUUAAAGACUCAAGGGAGAGAGGGAGCCCUGCUGCAAGAGCCUUCAAAAAGCUCAUAAAUAAGAACAAAUCCGGAGCACCGGACGCUAAAUUCGUCAAGCCGUGGGAGGAGCCGUUGCUUGCUGUGCACGAGCAAGUGAAGUUGCAACGGAAGGCGGCCAAGUUGGAAGCCAAAAGGGUUGCGGAGGAGUCCGAAAGGGUUGCGGAGGAGGCCAAGAAAGAGGCUGAAAACGCGAAGCGCGAGCUUCUCAACCUUGCGAACCCUGUACCUGAAUCUACACUGAGGAAUCAGUCGGAGCAUCAUAACAGGCGCAUAGGACUACACAGACUGUUCAGCGGAAUGCAUUCCAACUCACCGUCACCAAAGGAAAGUUUUGUAGCUGUAGAUGCUCGAGAGUCAAAAUUGGUGAUGCCAAGAGCCAGUCUGUUUGAAACAUGCAGUAGUCCAUCCUCCACAGAUGUAGCACUAGCCUACAUCAGAUCCGGAACCCGACCAGUUGCAAGACAAGAUAUCCACUUCGCAACAGUUGAAUCAAAUCAACGUGAUGUGGAGGCAUGGACGAUGGAACAGUACAUGGCAAAGAAUGCUAGGCUCGAGGAGUGGAAAUCUAGGGAUGACGACGAGGAGUUCGGAGGAAUUGAGGGCAACCAGCUGAUGAACCGGUUCGACGACCACGAUGUCACAAACAAUUACGACAGCGACAGUGACUGAGAGACCUGUGAACCUGCUGUGUUUGUUUGCACAUCAUAUGCCGACCGAGGUUUUCGACAUGAAUGUCUCAAUACAGCAUCGUCGAUUGACUAGGUAUAUGGCUACAAACAUGCCUGCUGGUACCAAUUCAUGAAGACCUGGACAUGGAAUAGCCUUCAGUUCUGUACAUUAUAUUCACUGCAAGGACGAAGAAACUGAUUCAAGGAGUCUCGCUUUCAUCCUAUCUGUGUGGCAUUGUUUUGUUCACAUUGUCUGUUUGAUAGGAUUGACAUCUGGCUAGCUAGGACUUUAGGAGUUAUAACAUUAGUAUGCUCCAGAAAUAGCACCCAUUCUCGCUUCUUGUUUUUUUCUUUUUGGAUAUCCAGAGCAGUUGGAGAGCAACUGCUGCUGUCCUUUUCAUGUUGGAUGACGGUCGCGUACUUGGCUGUAAUUGCCUCGAAUCGCCCGGAAUAAAAGGUCCUUCAAUGUCUUCGUAAAGAAAA